AUGGCCGGAUGGUGUAUAAAACCACUCUAUGACAUUCCAACAUUGGCCGACUAUCUUCAUGGCUUGGGGCUCCAGCUAGGUCUUUAUAAUCAGCCCGGUAUACCAUGCGAAGCCACCAAUAAGACUAUUUAUGGCACCGAUAUCACCGUUGGCUCUACCUUCAGCGGUGUUGAGGAUGUCAACGGCUAUUGCUACUUUGACUACGAUAAUGCCAACACUCAACUCUAUCACAACACGUUGAUAGAUCUCUGGGCAUCCUGGGGCGUUGAUAUGAUCAAACUUGACUACAUUACGCCUGGAUCUUCCACGGGAAAUCAAGGAUAUCCUAGCAACACCAGCGCCUCAGCUAUCGCGUACCACCAGGCCAUCGCUAACAACGGUCGGGCAAUCCGACUUGACCUCUCCUCCAAUGUUUGUCGCCACGAGCCCUAUCUUGGGAUUUGGACGGCCAACGCAGAGAGUAUUCGGUUAGCCGUUGAUAUCAAUAGCUAUGUGGCAUCCGUGUUCGUGGGAAUGUGGAGGAUCCAGCAAACGAUCGAGGAGUACCGCCAGUACAUCAACUACCAAGUUGCUGCGGGGAAACGUAUGAGCCUUCGUCCAGAUCUGGAUGACUUGUUCGUAGCCAACCCGGCUUCUGUGAGCGGGGUUACAGAUGGCCAGCGGAUCACUCUCAUGAGUUUCUGGCUUGGGGCUUCUUCGAAUUUGCUCCUGGGCUCUGACAUGACUAAUAUCGACGACCUCGGCAGGAAACUGAUCACGUCUAAGGCAGGUAUGACUGCCGCAAAAUUCUGCAACAGCUAUCCUCUACAGCCACGUAACCCAGGAACGGGUAGCAACCAGGCCCUGCAACUACAGGCUUGGCUUUCUGGCCCUAGCGGUUCCGGGGAAGCAUAUGUUCUAUUGACGAACUUGGGCGAAAACCUUGGCCAUGGUGACUAUACUACUGUUACCACUGGGUCUGGAAAUGUCUCCGUAUCUCUGACAGAGCUUGGCCUGGCGGGCUCGCAGUAUACAGUAGAGGACGUUUGGCUUGGAAACAAGAGCAGUGUGGCGACUGGAGGUAGUCUAUCAGCGACUCUAGGUGAUGGAGAAGCUCAGUUCCUUGUACCUGCAGCCAUCUUUAGACCUUGA